CCACACCCAGCUAAGUGGGCGGGAUUGCGGAGUGUGUCCUAUUUCUGCGUGUGGCCGAGCGGUCAGCUGCGGGCGCUGAUUUUGGGGCUUGGUUGCCAAAAGUUCUGUCUAGCUGUGAAUCUCAGCUUUCGUUGGAGCUGUUUCCUUCCCAUACUCCCAGGAUGAGUCUCCAGUGGGCAGCCGUGGCCACUUUCCUCUAUGCUGAAGUCCUCCUUGUAUUUCUCCUCUGCAUACCCUUUAUCUCUGCAACAAGGUGGCAGAAAAUCUUCAAGUCCCGUUUGGUACGGCUCCUGGUGAUCUACGGAAACACCUUCUUUGUCGUACUCAUAAUCAUCCUUGUCUUGUUGUUUCUUGAUGCCAUUCGUGAGAUCCGGAAAUACGAUGAUGUGACUGAGAAAGUGAACCUGCAGAACAAUCCUGGCGCUGUAGAGCAUUUUCAUAUGAAACUCUUCCGGGCCCAGAGAAACCUGUACAUUGCUGGCUUCUCAUUACUGAUGGCCUUCCUGCUGAGACGACUGAUCACCCUAAUUUCUCAGCAUGCUACCAUCCUGGCCUCUAAUGAAGCCUUCAAGAAGCAGGCCGAAGGAGCAAGCGAUGCAGCCAAGAAAUAUAUGGAGGAGAAUGACAAGCUGAAGAAGGAGUUGAAGCUGGCAGGGGUAGAGGUGGCUGACCUGGACAUCAAAAGCAUUGGGACUGAGGAGGAAAACCGAGUUCUGCAGGCUGAAGUCAAGAAGCUAAAGGAUGAGCUGACUUCUACCAAAAAAGCCCUGAAUAAGGCAGACAACGAGGCAUUGGCUAUGCGCAAACAGGCUGAAGGAUUGACAGAGGAGUAUGACAGACUGCUGAAGGAACAUGCCAAACUUCAGGCAACUUGUGAAGGCCGAAAGGACAAGAAGGAUGAAUGAUUCCUGUAUCAGUUGCACUGCCCAGUCUCCAUCCUGUUCCUGAUUCCUGUACAUUUGUCUCUUUCUGGCGGUGGGACUUAACUGAAUCCUCUGUCCCACAUCUUAUCCACUCCUGCCCUGUCUCCAAGAACCCCCCUGACGCUAUAGCUUUUGAGCAGAUGGUGGUCUAUAUUGCACCUGCUGUUUUCUAGGCAAGGGAUAACUGAUGCCUGUCACUGUAUCCCAGGGAGACUUUCCAGGAGGUGGGGUGGGGUGGGGUGGGGUGGAGAGGGGAUGAGGGCAAAAGGAGAAUCUGUUGAGGCUGAACUUCCCUAGCCAGCAGCAUGUCCUAGCACUGUGCUGGAGAGGUUGCCUGGCUAUCUCGGCAUGUGCUCUUAACAGGGCCUGCCUCUUUCAGCUGUAUUUGUUUUGCCAUGCAUUGGCCAGUCUUCUACGCCAUCCAAAACUGGAGAGUUCACAGUGAGUUUGUGUGCCUGAACAGAAAGGAGAAAGAUUGCCUGCAUGUCCAUACCCUCUCAUUUUUUUAAUAUUUGAGAUGAGGUGACUGUACAAAGCUUCUCAUUAAAUCUCUGGAACGGUU